CGAUUUGGAAGGAUUUAUUCCGGGUAAUUUUUGGCAGACUCCAAAGCGGUAUCAUCACAGAUUUCGGGAGAUUUUUCCGAAAUAUCAUUUUCUUUCAAUUUUGGAAGCUAUAGAUCAUGGAAUUAGGCCGAGUCUAUUCUCCUCCGAUAAUGAAGUCUAUUGAUCCUAUUCUCCACGGAUGAUAAGACCAUUAAGCACCAAUUUGGGCCAAUAUAUUCUCGGAUGGCAUUUUCGUAAUUUUUUUGGCGACAAAAAGCCAUUUUCUUUGGAUUUUGAAGGCUACAGAUCUUGGAUUCGCCCUGAAGCUAUUCUUCAACGAUGAUUAUGUUCAUUAAGCGCCGAUUUUGGAGGAUUUAAUCCGGGUCAAUUUUUGGCAGAUUCCAAAAGGGUACCAUCACAGAUUUAGGGCAAUUUUUCCGAAAUGCCAUUUUCUUUCGAUUCUGGAGGCUGCAGAUCACGGAAUCCGACCGAGGCUUUUCUCCACCGAUAAUGAAGUAUAUUGAUCCUAUUCACCACGGAUGAUAAGUCCAUUAAGCACCGAUUUGGGACCAUUUAUUUCGGGAUGGAAUUUUCGUGAUUUUUUGGCCGACGAAAGGCCAUUUUCAUUGGUUUUUUUAAUGCUACAGAUCACGGAUUCGGCUUAAGGCUAUUCUUCAACGAUGAUUAAGUCCAUUAAGCGCCGAUUUGGAUGGAUUUAUUCAGUGUUAAUUUUUGGCAGAUUCCAAAGGGGUACCAUCACAGAUUUAGGGCGAUUUUUCCGAAAUGCCAUUUUCUUUCGAAUCUGGAGGCUGCAGAUCACGGAAUUAGGCCGAGGCUAUUAUCCACCGAUAAUGAAGUAUAUUGAUCCUAUUCACUACGGAUGAUAAGUCGAUUAAGCACCGAUUUGGGACAAUUUAUUUUGGGAUGGAAUUUUCGUAAUUUUUUGUGCGACGAAAUGCCAUUUUCAUUGGAUUUUGAAUGCUACAGAUCACGGAUUCGGCCUAAGGCUAUUCUACAACUAUGAUUAAGUCCAUUAAGCGCCGAUUUGGGCCGAUUUAUUUUGAGUCAAUUUUUGCAUAUUCCAAAGGUGUACCUGACUCGACUCUACUGUCACUCCAGGAAUUGGCCAUGUGAAACCACUUCCUAAAGCGUAGUAUAGCGGGUUUGGGUUUAAUUAUCAACCCGGGUCCUAGAUCUGAUGACUACUCAGUGAGAUCUUGUUAUCUAGCAAUGAAACUGGAAUGCAAGUCUAAACUACCAAACAAACAAAGCAAAGCAGGUAAACGGUUGUAUUCAGGUUAAAGAGGUCACCCGGAUAUGGUUCCCCCUAGACUGCAGUUAAGCCGGAUUGUAAUUACCAAGUUCAGUUUCUAUGACAGUUAUGCUGCGGAAGGUUCUUAAACAGCCUGAAGUCUCGACUAAAGGUCUUCAGACCCUCUCAAUCUGACUCUCUAGCGGGCGACUAACCUCCACCGGAGUCGACAGAUUGAGGCCCUAAGAACAAAACCUCCACUACCGGAGUAAAUCCGGUACAGAAUAGUGAGUUGGCUCCUCGACUAAAGUCACCAACUCCCUACCUUCAAUCAAGGAUACUCUAUUAACCUAGGCAGAUAUUCUCAUUCUAGGUUAAAGCAGAAGCAACAGGAAUUUGAUCAGGAUUCAAGUCAUUCAAUCAUCAAAACCUCAAUCGAAUAUAAUCAAUCACAGAAUCAGUACUUGGGUUCAUACAAUCAAAGCCUAACAUACAAAUCUAGGGUUCUCCAUACCCAGAUGAAUGGGAGAACUACUCCAUGGAGAAGAAAGCAAAAGCAGAAUCAGACACGGAAUUCAUACUGCGAAGGAUGGAUUCCUGCUUCUGGACGUUGAUUGGCACUUCUCCAAGCUCAAGCUGGCCUCCAAUGGUGUUGAAGAUCAAUCUAGGGCACUUGGGAACUCUUGCUCGUCACUUUCUCUCUCUAGGAACUUAUCUCUCUCUCAAAAACUCGAAUCCCCCCGAAUUGUGGCUGAAAUUCUGCUUAAAAGGAGAAAAUCCCGACUCACACGGCCAGGGUGGCACGGCCGUGCAGCUCACCCAGUUGCCCGUGUGAGUCAAAACGCAUCGUUUCAUUUAGUUCGAAUUCCAGGCUCUUUGCACGGCCAGAAUGGCACGGUCGUGUGGACAUCCCCUCUUGCCUGUGUUUGCUCUCGCAGAAUGUGGCACAGCCAACCCGGCCACUUGCACGGCCGUGUCGAUCCUCUGCUCUGCCCGUGUGUGCUCUCGGAAAAACUCGCACGGCCAGGCCAUUACUUCACACGGCCGUGUGAACAUCAGGGCAGCCCGUGUGACCUCCUUUGUGACUUGUCUCGCGCCCGAUCUUCACCCAAUCGACCCCGAACUCGCUCCUAAACCUUCAUUCACUUGCCAGGACCUGAAAUAUCACAAACAAGCACAACCUAGCGUGAAAUCGGUCUAAAACACGAGAAACCACCUCUCAAACGGUGUAAGAACAGGGGUGAAAACAUGUGUAACUAACGGUCUAUCAAACUCCCCCACACUUAACCGUUUGCUUGUCCCCAAGCAAACCUAACUCAAACCAAUGCAACUCUCCAGACCUCUAUAGCAACAAACAACCCAGAUCGUAGGUAGAGGACUUCCUAGAUCAUUUAGCAGCUUACGAGGUCAACCGACGCACAAGUCAUCUCAAAGCUUCUUAUCGAGUCGGCAUCAUGGCAAACAGUGAAUAGAGGACAAAUGAAUUGUGGAUGAAGAGAUUCUAAAAAACAAAGGAUCAUGGA